AUGGAAGAGUUGUUUCCCCCUUUAAAAGCAACGAUGAUGUUGAUUGUGACUAUUGUACUUGCUGUGAUUCCAUGGUAUCUUCUUAACAAGUUGUGGUUUAAGCCAAAGAGGUUUGAGAAACUUCUGAUAUCUCAAGGUCUUCAAGGUGAUCCAUAUAAGUUCUCACUAUUUGACAAGUCCAAACAAAAUCAUAUGAUGAAGUUGCAACAUGAAGCUCAACAUAAAUCCAUUGGUAUUUUCAAACAACCUGCUGCACCUUCUAUCUUCACACCUGUUCAUCAAACUGUUGACAAAUAUGGAAAGAAUUCAUUUUUAUGGGAAGGUACAACACCAAAGGUUGUCAUCACAGAUCCUGAGCAAAUUAAGCAAGUCUUCAACAUGAUUGAGGACUUCCCCAAACCAAAGUUAACUUCACUUGCCAAGUAUUUGACCAAUGGUAUUGUACAAUAUGAGGGUGAGAAAUGGGCCAAACAUCGAAAAAUCAUCAAUCCUGCUUUCCACACUGAAAAAUUAAAAGGUAUGCUGCCUGCAUUUUCUCACAGUUGCGAAGAAAUGAUAAGAAAAUGGAAGGAAUUGUUGUCAUCAUCAGAUGGAACAUGUGAGAUUGAUGUUUGGCCUUUCCUUCUAAAUUUGACGCGUGAUGUAAUUUCUAGAACAGCAUUCGGGAGCAGCUAUGCAGAAGGAACAAAAAUAUUUCAACUUUUGAAAAGCCAGGGAUUUCUUGUGAUGACAGAACGAUACGCAAACAUUCCGUUAUGGCAGCUUCUACCAACAACUUCCAAGAGGAGGAUGAAGGAAAUGAAUAGAGAUAUAUGUGAUUCACUUGCGGGGGUAAUUAAAAAACGAGAAAAAGCAUUGAAGAAUGGCGAAACUGCUAUUGAUGAUUUAUUAGGCAUACUUUUGCAAUCAAAUCAUGCUGAAAAUGAAGAACAUGGAAACGGUAAGAGCAUUGGAAUGACCGGCCAAGAAGUGAUGGAUGAAUGCAAAAAUUUUUACAAUGCAGGACAAGAGACAAGUUCGGUUUUAUUGGUUUGGACAAUGGUGUUAUUAGGAAGGUAUCCUGAAUGGCAAGCGCGUGCAAGAGAAGAAGUUUUGCAAGUUUUUGGAAACCAAAAUCCAAACAUUGGAGGGUUAAAUCAACUUAAAACUGUAACCAUGAUUUUGUACGAGGUACUAAGGUUAUAUCCGCCUGUAAUUUACUUCAACCGAUCUCUUGGAAAGGAUUUGAAACUUGGAAACCUUUUCCUAUCUAAAGGAACAAAUAUUUCCUUACCAAUACUUCUGAUUCACCAAGAUCAUGAUAUAUGGGGUCAUGAUGCAAAAGAGUUCAAACCAGAAAGGUUUGCUGAAGGAAUUGCAAAGGUAACAAAAGGUCAAGUUUGCUAUUUCCCUUUUGGAUGGGGUCCUAGAAUUUGUAUCGGCCAAAACUUUGCCUUAUUAGAAGCAAAGAUAGUGAUAUCAAUGAUAUUGCAGAAUUUUUCAUUUCAGCUUUCUCCUACUUAUGUGCAUGCUCCUACAACUGUGCUUACUUUGCAGCCAGAAUUUGGGGCAACCAUUAUUUUACAUAAAUUGUAA